UCGCCGGGAAAAAGAAUGGAUCGGCUUCGACGAAGCUUCCGGGAUAGUUUCCGGCGGCGGAAAGACCCUCAUGUGCCCGAGUCUAGUAAACCUCACCAAUGGCAAGCGGAUGAAAGUGCAGUGCGUUCAGCUACAUGUGCUUUUCACGUUAAGUAUCUAGGAUGUGUAGAAGUCUUUGAAUCGAGGGGUAUGCAGGUUUGCGAAGAAGCCCUUAAAGUUCUCCGUAACUCAAGAAGAAGACCAGUACGAGCAGUACUUCACGUAUCUGGUGACGGAUUGCGUGUUGUCGAGGACGAAACAAAAGGGUUAAUUGUCGAUCAAACAAUCGAAAAGGUGUCGUUUUGUGCGCCGGAUAGGAAUCAUGAGAAGGGAUUCAGUUACAUUUGCAGGGAUGGUACGACAAGGCGGUGGAUGUGCCACGGAUUUUUAGCAUUAAAGGAAUCGGGAGAAAGAUUGAGUCAUGCAGUAGGCUGUGCCUUUGCUGCAUGCCUGGAGAGGAAGCAACGGCGAGACAAAGAAUGCGGAGUUACAAUGACUUUCGAUUCGAAGACUUCCAUCUUCACGAGAAGUGGCAGCUUUAGGCAACCGAAUCUCGCGGAGCGGUUACAAGAAGCGCGUGAUCGUGCAGCAGAAAUUCCUCCGGUUAGGCAAGUGUAUAAUCCUUUUGCAAUUGAGAGACCGCACGCUACUUUAUCUAUGCUCGAGCGGCAAGGUUCCUUCCGGGGUUUUUCACAGCUAAGUCAAGCAUCCCCAUUUAAAAGGCAACUUAGUUUACGAGUCAACGAUCUUCCUAGUACUCUUGAACGCACACGUAGUCACAGUCUUGAGCCAACGGAUCUGGCGCGAAUGCCUUCAGCUCAUUCGCAUAUUGUACCUUCGAAACCCCCAGUGAGUCCAAUACCAGAAAUAUUUUCCGGUGAUCACGACAGCGUUUCCGCAAUGUGUCAGCAGCUUUCUCAAGGACUUUCUCUACUUUCGAGCAGCGAUGACUUUGGACCAUUGCCGUCGUCCCAAUCUGCCGCGAGCUCCGUAGCUAAACAGCUUUUCACCAGUACCACUACUAACUCUCCUCCAGUAACGAGUAGCAACUCGUUGGAUGAGAUGAAACUGCAGAAUGGUCCCAAUAUCAAUAACAACGAUAACAAUGACAAGAAUGAAGAGCUCAAUAAUCUGAAUCAUGUUACGCCCAGUUGGCAAGAGUCUGCAUCCCCUGUUCUCGCGUCGAAUCACAGGCUUACGCCUCUCCUUAAGGCGAGCAACUUGAGUCCCGUUCUUCCAAGGACGAACGCGCCCACUCCGGUCGUUAUGAGCACACCGGCACCUGUUUCCUCUAGUGUAGGCGCCUUCGGCACGCCGCCAUCGGCAGCAAGUCCUGCUUUCAGCACGGCUUCUACGUCCUCUUUAGGAAAUACGUCUACGCCGGCCGUGAACAGAUCGCCGAUCCCAAUAAAUUCCGUGAUAACGCCAAAAUCAAGUUCUCCUAGUACCAGCAUAGCGUCUAUUUCCCCGGCGGUACCAAUCUCGACUGAUGUUGUUCAAGUUUCAUCGGCAACCGGAAUCCCGACGGCUUUAGUGCAACCGCUUUCUACAGCAGCUGGUUUACCGAAACCAGAACAAUGGUUGGGUAGUAUAACUGGCUCUGUACCAUCAUCGGCACCACAGCAAGUAACUGUUAGUCCUCGGCGAGCACCUCCUCUUCAUACGAGGGCACAUUCGCUUGGCUCGGCUGCAAUGAGUCUGACUUCCAGAGGACCUUCUGAUCCCUUCGACGUAGAAUGGGCGGAAAUUGCUUCCAGAAAUAUGCAACAGUCGACCACGACGAAUCCCUUUAUUAUGCCGAAUGCGACGCAGGCGUUUCAAGUGCAGUUGUAGCGUCAGGAGUUUAUUAAUAAUGUCGCCAAGUAUUUCCACUCAAGCACAUAGCGGCUACACGUUCGCCCGCGCUCCGACCUUGCACACGAUCGAAAAUACUACACGUGAGCCACGUGUCCUCGACCCGAUCAUAAACAUCGUCAAGUUUCCGAAUGGGUAGUAACGGUAUGCAAAGUGUCAUUAAAAAGUUCUCGAACUGAUACCGCAAGAUGGAAACGAACGAUAGUACAAGAAUAUUCCAGAACGUGGAAAUAAAUCUCAUGAAUCAAUAUGCUGGUAGUAUGAUGUUGCAAUUAUUAAGCGCUAUGAUGUUUGCCCUUUGUUCGACGAUCUAAGUGUUUAUCUACGGUAGUGGUAAUGAAAAACUGAAGUAACGCGCAUGUAAAUUUUAUGUGAAGUUAAAACUAUCAAAUGCUUACACAAGUCUUUGGAAAUUAGAAAAAAUUUGUGAGUUGCAUGGACAACUCCUAAAAACGUUUAAAAAACCACAAUUAAGCAAUUGUUCUCUUCACGAAUCAAUAGAUUAAUUUAACGAUCGAAUGUUUGAUGGACUUUGGAGAUGUUUUCGUGCAGAAUUUGAUGUAUUAUACAUUUUACUCCAAUUUUGUGUCUCUCUCACACAGCACCUACAUUUAUGAAUAGAACCGCAAGCAAUACUAUAUUCAGUAAUUACAGCAUUAUACUACAUGGCUUAUUAAGCUUAUUUAACUUAUGAGAUUUGUGGUCUCUACUCCAUUCUUGUAACACCGAUGGUUUUUCACCUGAUAGCAUUAGUUUGGGAACUUUUCAAUUGUAUUUUAGUAGAUAUAAGUUUACCGUGAAAUCCAUCAAGAAACUGGGCCGAAAAAGCGCAAAGAUUAUUCUUGUCAAAUUGGCGCUUAGUAGCAACGACGAUAGGAGCGAAUUGAACCAGCACAAAUAUCAGCGUAAAAUAUACUUAAUAGAUAGGUAAGUAUAUACGCGCACAGCCUUAACGACCUCAAUAAGAAUAAAAAUAAAACACGCAUAUACGCAUAAGCAGACGCCCGGAUGACGUGACACGGGACACAAAGUUUCACGCACCGAUAAUAACAGGCUACAUCUCGUCAGCCGAUUAAGUAGAAGCAAUAGAUGUCGCGAAGUACGCGUAUAAGCGGAGUUCCCGACAGUACAGAUAAUAUCUUACACUUAAAUGUCUAUCACGCGAUAUUAUAAUUGAAUAUUCUAAUUAUCUUGAGUAGAGUUAGGCUCAAACUGAGCGAUUAUCGUCGUUCUGCAUGAAAAACGAAAUUGUAUGCACUCAAGAUUACGCUGCACCCUUACUGUUAUUUUUUUCAUCAAAAAGAAAAGAAAAGAAAAGUACAUAGGGUAGUUAUCACUUCGUGAUCGAAUCGUGACCUGAAUCACGAAGUGAGGUGAUCGUACCUUCCACAGGAAGGGGACUUGCAUUUCCGGCAAGCUCACCCGGCUCAAAAGGAUAGAUACGUUCUACCGAACGUAGGAUAUGCAGUAGGGGUUAACAUCCACGAGGAGACUGUGAUAUUGAUGUGAAGUGGCUAGUACUUAAGCGAACAGGGUCGAACGGAUUACGAAGUAUCAUGAGGAACUUGCUCAAGGUCAUCGCACCGCGUGGUAGCACAGAAUGAGUGAUCGUGAGUUCGGGUACCAUAGACUCUAUCAUCCCGUAUUAGCCGGUAAUAAAACACCCCGUAAAUUACUUAAGAUUAGCUGUUAAAGACUAGCGGAGAUAUGUCUUACACUAUCGUUGUCUAUUAUACAUACGAUAUCGUGUCGCAUUUAUCAUGAGGACCGAGGAGAGAGAUGACGAAAAGCGUAUAGAAAUUCUCGCACGAGGAUAAAGCUUGCGAAAUACAAUUUUUCUCAAGAGUUUAGACGGUGCUUCCGCUCUGUAAUAAUAAUUAUAGUUGCGAAAAUCGCUUGUCGAGCCGAUCCUCGAGUGUGAGUUCAUAUCUACGAUCUGAUUGCGCUCAGCUAUGUACAUCGUAGCUAGUAAAAGAAUUUCCUCAGUCCCGUGUAUAGUAAUUGAUAAUAUCCCGUGAGAUAUCAGUAUUGCGCCUCGCAGCUUUUUGUCUUUCAAAUUAAUGGCUGCACUUUCGGUUUUUCGAAACGGAUCGAGGGUAAACGUCGAGGAAGGCCAAGGGAGAUAUUACAUGAGGGAUAACUGAGGCGUGUGUGUAUGCAUUGUAUAUAGAUUAGUUAUUUAAAAUGUAACGCGACAGUAUAGAAGAAUGAAGAAGUUAUAGAGAGCGUGUAUCAUUCAUUAAGCCGGCGACUCAGCAAUGAGGCGAGAGAAAAUCUUCUUCAAGUUCAAUCGAAGCGAAUAAUCGAAUUGUACUAUAUAAUAGUAUUUUAUAAUUUUAUAAACGAUAUGUGGGGAAGACAAUGAUGCUACGAUUUUGCAUUAUGUAAGAGAGAUCUG